AUGUGGUGGGGGGGCCGGGGCCAGAGUUUCAACAUCGCCCCCCAGAAGGAGGAGCCAGAGAUGGGGUCUGUCCAGGGGAGUGGGAUGCCGGAGCCCGGGAGCCCUCAGCUCGGCAGUUGCCUGGCCUCUGGAUGCCUCCCAGGGGAGCAGAUCCUAGCAUGGGCCCCAGGGGUGCGGAAGGGGCUGGAACCGGAAUUGCCUGGAACCCUGAUCUGCACCAACUUGAGGGUCACCUUCCAGCCCUGUGGAUGGCAGCGGAGUCAGGAGACUCCCCUAAGCAGUGACUAUGAUUUUGCCCUGGUCAACAUUGGGCGAUUAGAGGCUGUGAGCAGCCUGUCCCGAGUUCAACUCCACCGCCCAGGGUCCCUGCUUAAAUUCAUCCCUGAGGAGAUCCUGAUUCAUGGCCAAGACUUCCGGCUGCUCAGAGUUGGUUUUGAGACUGGAGGACUAGAGCCUCAGGCUUUUCAGGUGACCAAGGCCAUUGUUCAAGCCAGAGCUCAGAGCAGCCAAGCCCAACAGUACGCAGGGAUAACCCGGAGCAGGGCUGGCCAGAGUUCUGGCUCCAGAAAACCACCUGUUCCCCUCCUCGAGACAUCAGAAGAGUGGGAGACUGAGAGGAAAAAGCAGGGAGCCAGCGGCUGGAGGGUCAGUCUCAUCAAUGAGAGAUUCGACGUAGCCACCAGCCUCUCCCGUUACUUCUGGGUGCCUAUCCGAACUCUGGACAGUGAGGUCAGGAGAGCCUUUGGCCACUUUCACCAGGGCCGUGGACCGCGCCUGUCCUGGCACCACCCUGGGGGCAGUGAUCUCCUCCGCUGUGGAGGCUUCUACAUGGCCAGUGACCCUAACAAAGAGGACAUCAGAGCAGUGGAGUCCAUGCUCCAGGCUGGGCAUUCUGAUGUUGUCCUGGUAGACACUAUGGAUGAGCUGCCUAGUCUUGCAGAUGUCCAACUUGCCCACCUGAGGCUGAGGGCCCUCUGCUUGCCUGAUUCACCAGUGGCCGAGGAUAAAUGGCUCUCAGCCCUGGAAGGAACACGAUGGUUGGACUAUGUCAGGUCUUGUCUUCGAAAGGCCAGUGACAUCUCAGUCUUAGUGACAUCUAGAGUUCGCUCUGUAGUACUUCAAGAGCGCGGUGAUCGUGAUUUCAAUGGCCUCCUCUCUUCACUCGUCCAGCUGCUUUCAGCCCCUGAAGCCCGAACACUGCUUGGCUUCCAAUCGCUAGUGCAGCGAGAGUGGGUGGCAGCUGGACAUCCCUUCCUGACCCGACUUGGGGGAACUGGGGUCAGUGAAAAGGCCCCAGUGUUUCUCCUCUUCCUUGACUGCGUCUGGCAGCUCCUCCAGCAGUUUCCUGCUGAGUUUGAAUUCUCGGAGUUUUUCCUUCUUGCUCUUCAUGACAGUGUCAGAGUUCCUGACACCCUUACAUUCUUGAGAGACACUCCCUGGGAGCGUGGAAAACAAAAUGGACAGUUCAACUCCUAUACACAAGUCUAUACCCCAGGAUACUCCCAACUCCCCACUGGGAACUCCGUUGACCCACAGCUGUCUGUCUGGGACUGGGAUUUACGCUACAGCAAUGAACAGAUUCUACAAUUCCAUAAUCCUGGCUAUGACCCAAAAUACUGCCCAGAUUCCUGGCUCCCUAGACAGCAGCCAAGCUUCAUGGUUCCUAGGCCCCCCAGUUCUGUAUGGCUCUUCUCUAGAGGGGCCUUGACUCCCCUGAACCAGCUCUGUCCUUGGCGGGACAGUCCCUCCCUGCUGGCAGUCCCUUCUCGUUGGCUCCCUCGACCUGCUAUUUCUUCGGAAAGUCUGGCUGAUCAGGAGUGGGGGCUCCCCUCACAUUGGGGAGCUUGCCCUUUACCCUCGGGGCUGCUGCUGCCUGGAUAUUUGGGACCCCAGAUCAGGCUCUGGAGACGCUGCUACCUAAGGGGAAGGCCUGAGGUCCAGAUGGGCCUCUCAGCUCCCACAAUAACUGGCCUCCAGGAUGAGCUAGCCCACCUUCAGGAGUUAUUACGGAAAUGGACACCAAGAAUAUCUCCUGAGGAUCACUCUGAGAAAAGGGAUCCAAAUUCCAAAUCCCGCUGAAAUUGCUGGCUUUGCCAUGGGCAAGGAAAUAGGUGGUCUGGGAGCAAUUCCAUCCCUUUUGGAUAUCCAGCUGUUAAUUGCAAGAUCAGUCCCAACAGGAUGGCCUUACAAACCUCAUUUUCACCUCCUCUUACUGCUUCUUUAAUUCCAAUUUCUACUUCUUCCCUUAUAGCUUCCUAUGGGUAUGGAGUAGAUAUGGGAG